UAAACCGAAGUUGAUCGGUAAAUCACGUUUCCUAGUUUAUUAUUAGCAUAGCCUCCCAGUAUUAGCAUAGCUUGUUAGCCACGUGUGACGGAGGUACCUUCUGCAACGGGCCGAAUUACACAAGGACCACAGUAAGCCAUGCCACCGCGCCCACACGACGACGGAUGGAUACUGGUGCAGUCCAGAGGAGGCAGACGGAGGGAACGGGCCUAUGAACGCGACAGGCCACAGAACAGACGUGCAGCUGCGGAUUUUUCCAGCUACCCACGCCGAGACGGACGCCGAUCCUAUGCGGACGUCACCAGAGAGGGAGCCCAUUUUCUGGAGCCGACCUUUUACGGCAGACAGCAGACAGCUGACCAGACAGCAGAAGAGGACCCACAUGUUGUGAUUGAGCUGGCUCCAUCAUCACCCCCAGUGAACCAGCCUCCCUCCACGAGACCACAGAGCCCAGCUGCAGCACGGCCACCCCCUUCACCACAAAACAGCAGUCAUCAGAUCACCACGAUCGCCCAAAUCCACGCAGCGCCUCCACCUGCGCCAAUCUCCCGGGUUUCAGUGGAGACUAUGACUGAACCCCAGCAGGAGGACUGGUCACCUCUGUUUGACCUGGAGGAGGCAAGUGAAACAGAACUUUCUCCUCCCACAUCUCCGUCUCGCCUUUCUCCUGUAAUACCUCUUCCAGCACGCAUAAAUCGCUCUCAAAUAAGCUCUACGGCAGAAAGUGUCGUACGAGUUCUCGACAUGCAGAAGGCUGACCCUGAAGCCGAAGAGGAAAUCACUCUGGAGCCAGAACCAGCAGAUGAGCAGAUCACAGCGCUGAGCCAGAGAAGAGUAAGCCAACGCUCCUCCCACAGAGAAGGGAGUCCUCCUCCUCCUGUCCAAACCAGCACCAUGGAGAGCAGAGGGUACCACACACUCACCCCUGCCACUCUCUCCAAGCUGAGAUCCAGCGUGCAAUCUCGCCUAGCCAUCGAGCCAGCAGAGCAGACGACAACUUCUGCAGCAGAAAUGCAGGUGUGUGCUCCAACACGACACGACAACACACCCCGCAAGUUUACAGAGUGGCACCUGCACAUACAACAUAAGAAGGUCAUCAUAGGAGACUCAAACAUCAGCCGCCUUCCACCUUUCAAAGGUGGAAAUGUACAGUUGGACAGUUUUCCUGGCGCCAGAUGGCAUCAUGCAGAAUUUCUCCUGAAGACGGCCACCUUCCAGACGAAACCAGAGGUUCUCCUGCUAUCCUUCGGGCUCAACAACAGAUCCCAGAGGGAUAAAAAAGCUCCAGUGAAAGAGAUGAUCAAAGCCCUGACUGUAGCAGGACAGAGAUUCCCAGACGCCACGAUCCUCGUCCCUCACGUCAGUUUUUCACCUCACCUUUCACCAGAUGAAAAAGUCGUCCUUAUCCAUUUAAAUCAACACAUCCAAGAACUGACAGACUACAUCCCCCCACUCAGUGGCUUCUUUGAGACCCAAACUGACAGCAUCCACUGGACGGCAGCUACCGCGAAGAGGAUGCUCGAACAUUGGUCUUCCUGGUUAAACUGAAGCUCCCCUUAAGCCUCUCACAGAGGGAGGGGAAAGAUGGAGUUAUGAAUCUAUGUAAUAACUUUGUUCUUUCUCUUACACAGCUUUCCCUACUGAGCAGAGGUCUUACUUUCAUCCCAUCCAAAUGUAACAGUAAGAAUUUGACCUUUCAAUCCAGACAUGACUUACAGGAGUACCAUCGCAGAAUUAAGUUAACUGUUCACUAUAAGGACAAAAGCAGCAUCCAACCUCAGCCAUUUACACUGAAAUCUGACUGGACACCCCCAUCUGCUACUCUCCCACCACAAAUUAACCAUUUAAUAGACCAGGAUAUUUCAUACUUUGAGAAUGAUUUUAAAAUCAUUCAUAACACUCCAAAUUUGAGUGGUGAGGAAACCAAAGCUCUAAAAGAAUUAGCCCAAAAUAAUGAUAUAGUUAUUAAACCAGCUGAUAAGGGCAGUCUAACAGUAAUUAUGGAUAAAAAAGAUUAUUUAUAUGAAGGUUACAGACAGUUAAAUGAUGUAACCUAUUAUCAUAAACUCAAUAAACCCAUUUAUUUAGAUACAAUCCCCCUAGUAGAUACAAUUAUUAAUAAUUUAUUGAAAAAGAAAUUUAUUAAUAAAAAACAAAAAACUUACCUGCAGGGCAACUCGCAACCGAGGCCCAGACGUUUUUAUAUGUUACCCAAAAUCCAUAAAGAUCCCCAAAAAUGGACCGUUCCAUCUAAAAUUCCUCCUGGCAGACCCAUUGUUUCAGACUGUGAGAGUGAAACCUAUUAUACAGCAGAAUAUUUGGACUUUUUUCUGAAUCCCUUAUCUAAUAAACAUGACAGUUACCUUAAAGAUACAUAUCAUUUUAUUGAAAAAAUUAAACAGCUAGUAAUCCCAGCAGACUCUUUUCUUUUCACUAUGGAUAUUGAUAGCUUAUAUACCAAUAUUGACCACAAAGAGGGCAUUGACAGUAUUAAAAGAAUUUUUCAAAAAUACCCAGACAAAAAACGACCAGAUAAAGAACUUCUCCAAUUAUUAGAGAUUAAUUUAAACAGAAAUGAUUUUGAAUUUAAUGGGGAAUUUUUUGUUCAAAUUAAGGGCACAGCUAUGGGCAAAAAAUUUGCACCGGCUUAUGCCAACAUAUUCAUGGCAGAAUGGGAAUCCUCUGCACUACAGAAAUGUGCUUUAAAGCCGCUCUGUUAUUACAGGUACCUCGACGACAUCUGGGGCGUGUGGACGCACUCUGAGCAGGAGUUUGGGACCUUCCUGGGGACUCUCAACAGCCACAACCCUUCCAUCAAACUCAAAUCAACAUGCCACGCCUCUUCAGUCGACUUUCUAGACACAACCACAUUUAAGGGAAGUGACUUUCACACCACACACAAAUUGGACAUUAAAGUUUAUUUUAAACCCACAGACACACAUGCACUGUUACAUAAAACCAGUUUUCAUCCCAAACACACAUUUGCAGGUCUGGUUAAAUCCCAGCUGCUCCGCUUCCACAGAAUCUGCACCCAACAGGCAGACUUUAAAAAGGCCACCAAAAUUCUUUUUUCGGCAUUAUACACAAGGGGUUAUUCCCGCUCCUUUUUAAGAAAGUGUUUUAAGUCAUUUCAAGAAAUUAAACCUAUUGAUACAGCCCCCCUUUUACCCAUUGUCACAACACAUUCGGCAGCCACGUGCAGGAUGGUGAGAGUCCUCAGGAGGAACUUCCGGGAUCUUGUUCAGAGCCAGGGGCUGCUCGAGGAGCACAGAUUUCUGCCAGCCUACAGGAGAAACAAGAAUCUUAAGGACAUUUUAAUUAGAGCCAAACUUCCUCCCCCUACACAACCAAAAUCCAGAGCACUCACCUCUUUUUUCAAACAUUUGGAUUGGAUUUGCAGCCACCACAACAAAAAUGUGUUUCCGUCUCUAUGCAGGGGGAGCCCCCACUCUCAAAACUGCAUUUAUAUUAUCUCCUGCUCCACCUGUGGGAUACAGUACGUUGGGGAGACUGGAAACACUCUCUUAGUUAGAUUCACCCAACACAGACACAACAUCACAAAACAAAAAAACACAGACACUUACCUGGUACAACACUUUAUGCUUCACGGAUGGGAUUCAGUUAGAGCAACGAUCGUUCAGAUGAAUCCCAGAUGGUCAGCCCCUGAGAGAAGAAAAAAUGAAAGAAUUUGGAUUUCUAAAUUAGACACCCUUCAUCCUAGAGGCCUAAAUGAGAAAAAAACACCAUUAUUCUAAUUGGAGACACUUAACCACUUUUUUUCCCCCUUUUUGUCCAGCAGAGGGAGUUGCUAAACAGUCCCUCUGCAUGACCAGAUUUUCUAACCCCCCUGUAAAUUCUUUUUCCAGCAGAGGGAGUUUAUGAAUCCCCAGAAUCUGUUUCCAUAUGGCCCUGCCCCAAAGGUUCUAACUCUAACCCUAACCAAAUUCACCAUGAGCCCUAAACCUAAUUAGAUAUUGAAAAAACAAAAUUAUUGAUCCUAUAUUUCCUGCAGGAGAGCGAGAUCUGAGUGGGGACAGAAAUGGUCCGUGCAUGAGGGCUCCAGGCGUACAGCUUGGAACCCUAACCCCAACACCUAACCCUAACCCUAACCCUAACCCUAACCCUAACCCCUAACCCUAACCCUAACCCUAACCCC